AUGACCCAAUCAGACAUCCUUGUUACUCUAGAUGAGGGGGUCAGCAAAAACCAGACAGGUCAGCUGAGGAGAUGGCCCGGUUCUAAGGAUUGUGCUUUCAACACAAGCACUGAGCCCUCUCCCGGACCCAGUGUGAAGCUGAUGAACAGUGCUCAUCCUCAGGGAGGGCUGGAAAAAUUCGAGGGACUGUUCCGGACCUAUGAUGAGUGUGUGACGUUCCAGCUGUUUAAGAGUUUCCGACGGGUUCGAAUAAAUUUCAGCCACCCCAAAUCUGCAGCCCGUGCCCGGAUAGAGCUUCAUGAGACCCAGUUCAGAGGGAAGAAGCUAAAACUCUACUUUGCACAGGUCCAGACCCCAGAGACAGAUGGAGACAAACUGCAUUUGGCACCCCCACAGCCUGCCAAACAGUUCCUCAUCUCACCCCCUUCAUCUCCUCCUGUUGGCUGGAAGCCUAUCAGCGAUGCCACACCAGUCCUCAACUAUGACCUCCUUUAUGCCGUGGCCAAACUAGGACCAG